CGACGGUUGAGAUGAGGAACUGGCUCAUCGAACAAAGAAUGAGGGACGAAUUGCAUGUGGCAGAAGUGCAUGGCCGAGUUAUAUAUUAACCAUGGAAGCUGCCAGCGGAAAUGAACGCGGACAGAAUGCGUGAGCGCAAACGACGGCCAUGGGUGAAAGUCUUCAAACCCUCCCUACUGGCGGCGAAAUGGAUGAGAGGGGCUGUCGAGCACUUCUUUGGUCCAAUUGUUAGUGAACAGCGGGUGGACGAUGAGCAAAGAGAGUACGUGAAGUAUGUGCUGGAUGGCCCGAUGCGGAACCCGCUGAAGAGCAGCRUCGCGGUGGCUAUCGGCCCUUAUAGCUUCGAAGAGGUGAGAGUAGUAACGARWGAGACACCCUUUUGCGAGGUGUGUUUCACACAUGGUCACAUGGGGCUCCAUGGAAGAUGCUUGACGCCGGCUGAGACACUGCAGGAGAUGYACGAAAGGGAGGUGAGAAGUACUAUGGAUCCGAUCUUGCAGUCGAAUCCUCAGGAAGAAAGGAGGGCCUGGCAUGAGCUGGAGCUCCAGGUGGAUAACGCCCUCCUGAAGGAGGCCAGCAUUGCAGCGCAGGCGCGGAAGGUGGCCGCAAGCCAGGCCUGUCACGAAGAAAGCCGGAGGAAGCCGGCUAAGGGAAGAUACCGCCGGAAUGUAUUGUGGGAGGGGAGGGGAGACAACCCCAUGCAGACUGACGACCCGCACUGGCUUUUCGGAGAAGACCGGAAAAGGAAGACGGAGCAGGGGACGGAACACGAGAAAGGCUCCAAAACGGGUAGUUCACGACAAGAACAAGGGACAAAAGGCGACCAGAGAGAGAGGGACGCUGCGGCUUCGUCAGCCAAGUCCGGUAAGGAGGUCGGGGACGGCGGGCAGACACAGCCUUCAGAAGGGAUUCGGGGGGCCGCAGACGGGGGCGAGACUAGCCGGCCGAACGAAGGACAGGAGGGAACGAUUACUCAGGGAACGCACGGGCAGCAGGGGAACCGAGCUACUUCGUCCGAGAAGAAUGCUGAUGGGGGAGACGGAGGGGGGAGGGUUGGGUUAUCCGAGGGCCAAGGGGGACAAAGCRAGCGAAGGAAAGAAGCGCAGGCGGACGAUAGGCAGGUAAGGCAGGAAGGACAAGGGCAGGGCCAGGUUGAAAGGCGAGGGAAACAGGACAGCGUGGGGGAGUUGGGCGCACACGAUAGGCAGGUGAGGCAGGACGAACCAGGGCGGGGGCAGGCUGAAGGGCGAGGGGAACAUGACAGUGGGGGGGAGUCGGGUGCGCGCAGCAACCGGGCAGGUCGAUGUACGAAACAUCUACGCAGGGUGGCAUCGAUGCAAGGGAAAACUAUGGAUCAGGAGACCUCGGGACGGCAGAUUUCAUCGCAAACCUCACAAACAAGACCGAAGUGUACAAGAGAGAGGCAUCGAUCCCCCUUGGGAACCAAGGGAUAUGAACCAAGGUAUUCGCUGCGAGGAAAGGAGAAAAGAAACGAGUCACCACCGCCUUCGGGAUCGGUCCCCCUCAAGGAACCAAGCUUCGGCCUCCCGGCCGCGGGGGUGGGUGAUCAGUCAAGCUGCCAAGACGAUGACAACUCGUUGGAAUCCUCUACUACAGAGACAUCGGAUAGCUCUGAGGAUGACCAACAGUCUGUUCAUCGGUCUGCAAACCAGCAGCAGCAGCCCUGCUCAGCAGAGGGAGGGGCCCAGGGGCCUGCAAGCCAGCAGCAACAGGAGCGAUUAGUAGAAGAAGAACACCAUAGUUCGCGGGGGCAGGGGUCGGAAGAGGGGGCUACACCAGCGGAGGUGGCAAGUGCUGAGAACCGAAGUACGCAUGAGCAGGAGAGUCAGCAGCGCCAGCCGCCUGAGAGUCAGUUGGAAGGCCUGGCACGGCAGGAGCGCGCAGGGGCCAGGUUGCCUGACAUUCUUAGGGCGGGAGAGGGCUAUGCCUGCCCGAUUGUCCUAUGGCGGGCGCCAGAGGAAAUAAGGCUGCUCCUGGAGGGGACAACGGAUGUACCAAUUUUUGGAGUGGCCCGCCCACCUCGGGAACAGCAGGUGCUCAAGAAGGUGGCUGAAAGGUUGGGUCCAAGAUACGAAGUGGUGUCGCUGCCUCAGAUAUCAGCACUCCGAUUUGUGCGGGAGACUACGGGGGGGGAUGAGUAUGUCAUCUUUGUCUUCUUUGUGGAAGCCAUCCCUAAGAGACCGGGAGUUCCGAGGCUAGGAUCGACAGGCAUGCACUGGAUAUGGUUCGCCGAAGCCUAUGGCCCUGCGGCCCUCUCGCAGGACUACCACCUGGUUCAUACAACAUCUCUGGCUCUUCUCAACAGUGUUAAUGCGUGCCUGCCGCUGAUGGAACACGUGGGGGGUGUGCAGUUCCAGAAUGGAACUGAUUCGUAUAGAACAUUGCACCCGCAGGAGAGGGCCUUUACUUUCUGGAGAAACACUGUUACCCGAAGGAGUCGCAUCGACAUGAUAUGGGCGUCGGGGGAGCUGAACGAAACUGUGGAGCAAGUGCGCGUUGUACCGAUGGCCACGUCGGACCACUCAGCAGUAAUUGCGACAUUUCCGGUGGGUCGCCUGGAGGUAGGCCGCCCGCCCAAAGCCAUUCCAGCAUGGGUUUUCAAAAGCCCGGAGUAUGGCCCUGUCAUUGUUAAGUUUUGGGAGGACUGGGCCAAAGACUGCACUCAGGAACAGCUCCUGCCACAAGUUAUAAUAGCAGUGCAGAGCUUGCGGAACAUCUUGCAGAAGCUGUUGCGGGGAAACUACUCGGCGCACAAGAAGACAAUGGAGGAGCACGCCCAAAGGAUGGAGGAAUUGGCCAACGGCCCUGAGGAGGGCCAGAUGGAGGAAGAAUGGUGGGGAGAGAGAGUGGAAGCAGCACGAGGAUGGAGGGAGUGGCAGACAGAGGAAGCGGUUAAAUGGGGUAGGCGCACCAAGGAGACAUGGAUCACAUUGGGGGAACGAAUGUCAYGACAGUUCUUUGCUACAGUGGCAACGAAAAAGGCAGCACCAAUAAUGACCGCCAUGGAUCACCCCUUUGAUGGCCAGAUGGAGCAACAGCGUACUACUCGGGGAAUUUUGAAGUGCGUUACCGAUUUCUAUCGCCAACUGCUCACGGAGGAAGAGCAAUGGACUCCUGAGGAGAUGGCCGGCGAACCGGAGCUGGAUAUUUGGAGCCAUGUACAGAGCCGCCUCAAUCUUGCGGAAACUUGUAAGUUGGAAGAGGACAUCACGGAAGAGGAAGUGGUACGAGCGAUCGCAGAGCUCCCUAGGCUCAAAACGCCUGGCUUGGAUGGAAUGCCGGUGGAACUUCAUAAGGAACUCCGUACUUUUUUCGGAGUUCUGCUGACAGCAGCCUAUAACGAGGCUGUGAAGGGAGGCACCCUUCCUCAAGGCUUUGCGGAUGCGUAUGUGGUUUUACUCUUCAAAAAAGGAGCCAAGGAGGACGUGCGGAACUGGCGCCCRAUCUCCAUCCUGAAUGCGCUAUAUAAAAUACUUGCCAAAGUUUUGGCAAACCGGUUGAAGGAAGUCCUACCAAGUAUCAUUGACUCCACUCAGACCGGGUUUGUGGCAGGUCGCCAGAUCUUGUCGAAUAUUUUAUUAGCACAGCAGAUAYUGGAGGAGGAGCAAUGCACAGGUCAGGCACUGGCCUUUGUGUCAAUAGACCUUGAGAAGGCCUACGACAGGGUCAGAUGGGAAUUUUUACUGCAAAGUAUGGCGCGAAGGGGGGUCGGGCCUAUCCUGUGCAGUUGAUUCGUGGCCUCCUAAAGGGAGCCUCGACUGUGAUGCAAGUCAAUGGGGUGAGAUCGGACAGGUUGCGGGUGAC